ACACAUAUGCCAUCCAUGCCCAUUACUUUUUCCUACUCCACUCCAUAGCUUUAGGGCAACCCUCUCCUGUACUUCUUCGCCCUAUUGUACAGCCCCCAAAAAUAUUGCGAGUCUUUGUGUAGGAAACCCCUUGGUGGGGAACUGAUUUACGGCGCCCCAAGCCGGCCAGCAGAGACGCAGCAGGACUGAGCGUUCUUUUGCAGCCGCUGCGUCUACAGAGGAGGAGGAGGAAGAGGAGGAGGAGGAGGAGGAGGAGGAGGAGAAGGCAGGCGGCGAUCAAGCAGAAGCAGCAGCAGAGGACAGAGAAAGAGACAGAUAUGAGCAGCAGCAGCAGCACAGAAGGCAGCCUCAGCAGAGACAGCAGCAGCAGCAGCAGCAUCUAGGGCGCGCUUAAAGAACCGUUGUUUCGCAUGCGAGUCACGUCGGCUCCCUCGGCGCUGCCUGCCGACCAGCAAUACGGGGGCUUCUGCAAGUGAUGAGAACAGACGUCAAACUACCUUAUGAAUAUUGAUGCGGGAGGGGAGGCUAGGCUGCUUUCGUAGAGAAGCAGAAGGAAGCAAGAUGGCUGCCCUUUAGGAUUUGUUAGAAAGGAUCCCCGGCUGCAUCUGCUGGAUUUCUGCAAGGCUGAGGGGACAGAGAAAAAGAGGAAGGCAAACUCCCAAGGUGCUAUUUGUCAAAUCCAGUCUUGACCUCCCUCUGGUGCUUCAGUCCCCCACAUCUCCUGCUAUUGGCUGGAAAUGUCUACUUAGAUGUUUUACCAUCACUUCAAACUCAACAGUAUUUAAAGGCUACCAAGAAUCACACUGCAAAUCACCUUUACAUCACCUGUUUGCAUUGGAUCCUCAUGGUGGCCUGUUGAGUUACCAGCCACAGAAGCAGGAGAUGGGUUCAGCAGUAAUCAGCCAGUCAUGAUCCAGAGAGGACUGUGAAGGAUAGACCCGCUGGUAAGCCAAUAGUGGUGAACAAGCUAUUAAGAAAGAGAUUGCUUUGGAAGGAGGAUCUUAAGAUACCUUUACAGGGCAGCCUUGUGGAUGGCCCCGAAGCAAGCCAGAUGGAACAGGACAGAACUGACCAUGUUGAGGGGAACAGACUAAGUCCAUUCCUGAUACCACCUCCUUCUCACAUUUGCCAGACAGAGUCAUUGGCAGUGAAGCUACAGAAUGGAAGUCCAUUAACAGAGAGACCUCAUCCAGAAGUAAAUGGUGAAAAUAAGUGGCUGUCACUGAAGAGCAAUUAUGGAACGCCCCCAACAAAGGGAAGUCAGAACAAUUGCAUCAGUCCCAAUUUCAAGCAUGAAGAUAGAGAGUAUCCCAAAUGUAUGCAAAAUGGGGGAAUAAAACGGACUUCUAGUGAACCUUCUCUCUCCGGAUUCCAUCAGCACAAGAAAGUGAAACAAGAUCAAGAUGUUAAUGGACAAAGAGAUGACUUCAGGGGAAACCAAGAAGGAAAUAAUGAAGGUGAAAGCAACAGCCAACCAAAUGUCUCCAAUUCAUGGAACAAGGUGCCGGUGAACUUUGCAGUUCAGGAAGAAUCAGCCUCAGAUUUUCCCUGCUCUGCCGGGAAUAACUGCAGUGGGUCUGAAAACCCGGAACUUCAAAAGCAAAAAGAGCAAGAGAAGAAACAUGCUAGUUACUCAAGCAGGAACGUUGUAUCAUAUCUUCAAAACAAGGCAGUGCCAAUGCCUAACGGUGCUACAGUUUCUGCCUCUUCAAUGGAAAACACACAUGAUGAACUCCUGGAAAAAACACUGUCUCCUUAUUAUCCAGACCGUGUUUCCAUUGCAACGCAGAACACCACAUCUCACAUAAAUGCCAUUAAUAGUCAGGCUACUAAUGAGUUGUCCUAUGAGGUCACUCAUUCAUCCCAUACCUCAGGGCAGAUCAACUCCCCGCAGACCUCAAACUCAGAGCUGCCUCUAGUGCCAGCUUCAGUGGUGCCUGAGGGCUGCAAUGCUGAUGACUCCAGUAUACCAGCCACAACGCCAGGUAGUUAUCCCCUUCAGAAGCCAGAACAACAGGUGCAGCAACAGCAAUCCAUUUUUGAGAUAGGCCCCUCUAUGGUAGAGAACAGUAACCCCCAAGGAAACACAGAGCUGAUAGCUGGUGAAGAAUUCAGCCUGGGUUCCAGCAACAAGAUGCAAAUUUCUAGUGGUGCUCCUGAUGGAUAUUCAAAGCAGACUGAAGUGAGUGCAGCUUACCCAAAGCCAAACUCUGUGUUUGCAAAGGAUUCCUUCAUUGCUACUCCUCCUCCACCACCACCCCAAUCAUCUCCUCUUCCCUUUCUUCUUCCUCCUCCUCCUCCUCCCCCUCUCCCUCCAGUUCCUCAACCUCCCUCAGAAAUGGAAGGCACUCUGCCUGAAGAGGUGACAGAAGAACCCCAUCACUACCCCAGCCAAAGUGAAGAAAGUCUUCUAAGGGAAAUGAAGAAUGGGGAGCUGUCAGAGGGUCCUAUAUCCCAGAAUCCUGACCUAUCCACAUGUACUACCAAAUCUUUGGUGUUUCCAGAGAAACCUCAGACUAAUUGUGUCCACAGAAAUGAAAUGCCAACUUCCAUGAUGGCAUUGGCAGUUCUCUCAUGCUCUGAGGAAAGAAAACCAAUAUCUGAACAGCUUAACCAGCAACCAGAAGUCAUUGGAAGUGGUAGAGAUCUCCAGCAACACUAUCAGAAGCCAGCUGGACAGAAAGAUCAGAAAGUACCAAGUGAGAAGGAAAGGAAAGAGACAAGAGAGCAUGUACUACAAACUCAGCCAUACCUGAAGCCAGGCUGGAUUGAGUUGACUUCCUCCCAUUUUCAUCAAGGAGAAUCUCACUCAAAGUCCAAAGAGGAAUUACUGAGAAUGAUGCUUCAAUAUCAGUCCAACAAGGUUGAUCAGAUGACCUUAAAACAAUAUGCCAGGGCCCCCAAUAUAUCCAAAGGAAACCCAGGGCAAACUUAUAUCCAGAAAAUGGUGCAACAGGAUCAGAUGCCCCAGAUGUACCAAAUGGAUAAUGCACAGGGACAAUCUCAGACCCCUGUGGACCAGCAGUUCCAGUUCCAAAAGCCUUCUCCCCAAAUGCCCCUCCCCAAGAGAGAAUCACCACACCAAGCCCAUAUGCAGGCACACUGCAUGCCAAAAUUUCAUUUUCAGACAAAACCAGAUCACCAAGCUGAGAAACCCUUGGGCCCACCACUGAAACAGCAGCACUUGAACCCUCAGGCUGCAGAGACUGAGCCAUUCUUACCCUCACCCAUCCCGCAGCCUUCCUUGCAGAAACAGGCAGCACAAACACAAUUGCCUCUGAACAUGCCUCUCCCUCUAAACCAUCAGCAGCAAAAACUAGCCGGGAAGAAUAAAGAACCAGGGCCCCAGACUUUUCCUCAUUCACAUGGCAGCAAUGAACAACACAGAGAGAGGUCCUCCUUUGGCCAGAUAAAAAGGGAGGAAUGCCUUCAUUCUGAAAGUCGGUAUAGCAAGUCAACUGAAUUCAUGCCUCAUAAUACACAUGUGAGGCUAGAGCAGGUUAACAAUAGCAAUAGCAGAAACCCUUCUUGCAGCCAGAUGCUGAAAUCCAACAUAAAUAAUAUGCAGCUUUCAUGCCAAAACAAUGUGCACUUGGCUUCAGAGAGGAAGGAAAAUGCCAUCAAUUCUGAAUUUUUCAUAGGAAACGAAACACAAGACUUGCAACAUAUGCAAUACUUUCCAAAUAAUGCAACUCCAAAGCCAAGUACAUCUCAUGGGUGCUUUCAAGAACAGGGACAUAACAUACAGCAAGUAUCUCCCCAUCAACAGUUACCACUCCAACCAUCACAGGGAUAUCACAGUAAGAACCAAGACUUACCUAAUAAGCAAGCAACCCGGGACCUUCCACAAAGGUACUCGUUGCAUCACCAACCUGCUGCCCCAUUGGUACCAGAACAGAGGGGAAGCCACAUUCAGUCACCUCCCCAGAAGGACUUCCAAAAGCAUGCAGCCCUUCGGUGGCAUCUCCUGCAAAGGCAAGAACAGCAACAAACCCAGCAAGCCAAGGCUGAGGCUUGCCACAGGCAAAUGCUCAAGUCAAUUAAGGUAGAAACUGGAGUUAAGCCUAAUGCCUGUAUGCGCUCCUUGGCAGGAUUACCAGAGAACAGAGGGUGGAAGAAAACUUCGAAGCAGGAAGUUCAACACUCAGCAUGUGAUCAGUCCCAUCAAAAGAGCAUCAUUGAGACCAUGGAACAACAGCUGAAACAGAUUCAGGUUAAGUCCUUGUUUGAUCACAAGGCCCUUACUAUCAGGUCACAGAAGCAUGUGAAGGUUGAAAUGGCAGGACCCAUUACUGUGUUAACGAGAAAUACCAGUGCUUCAGAACUUGAUGGGCAUACCCCAACAUCAGAGCAGCAGGCAACUUCUUCCUCAGAAAAAACACCCACAAAAAGAACAGCUGGUUCUGUUCUCAAUCAUUUUUUAGAGUCUCCUUCCAAGUUACUAGAUACACCUAUAAAAAAUUUAUUGGAUACACCUGUCAAGACCCAAUAUGAUUUCCCAUCAUGCAGUUGUGUAGAGCAAAUUAUUGAAAAAGAUGAAGGUCCUUUUUAUACCCAUCUAGGAGCAGGUCCUAAUGUGGCAGCUAUUAGAGAAAUCAUGGAAGAAAGGUUUGGACAAAAGGGUAAAGCUAUUAGGAUUGAAAGAGUCAUCUAUACUGGUAAAGAAGGCAAGAGUUCUCAGGGAUGCCCUAUUGCCAAAUGGGUAGUUCGUAGAAGUUGCAAUGAAGAAAAGCUACUGUGUUUGGUGCGGGAGCGAGCUGGCCAUACCUGUGAAGCGGCUGUUAUUGUGAUCCUCAUCCUGGUCUGGGAGGGAAUCCCCCUUUCCCUCGCCGACAGACUGUACUCUGAACUCACCGAAACGCUAAGGAAAUACGGCACUCUCACCAAUCGGCGCUGUGCACUCAAUGAAGAACGAACCUGUGCAUGUCAGGGGCUCGAUCCGGAAACCUGUGGUGCUUCUUUUUCUUUUGGCUGCUCAUGGAGUAUGUACUACAAUGGAUGUAAGUUUGCCAGAAGCAAGAUUCCAAGGAAAUUUAAGCUGCUUGGGGAUGAUCCAAAAGAGGAAGAGAAAUUGGAAUCCCAUUUGCAAAACCUAUCCACUCUUAUGGCACCUACAUAUAAGAAACUUGCACCUGAUGCAUAUAAUAAUCAGAUUGAGUAUGAACAUAGAGCCCCAGAAUGUCGUUUGGGUUUAAAGGAAGGUCGCCCAUUCUCUGGCGUCACUGCUUGCCUGGAUUUCUGUGCCCACGCCCACAGAGACUUGCACAACAUGCAAAAUGGCAGUACACUGGUAUGCACGCUCACCAGAGAAGACAAUCGGGAGGUUGGUAGAACCCCUGAGGAUGAGCAGCUCCAUGUUCUGCCCUUGUACAAAGUCUCCAGCAUGGAUGAAUUUGGAAGUGUGGAAGCCCAAGAGGAAAAAAAGAGGAAUGGGGCCAUUCAGGUGCUUAGCUCCUUUCGCCGCAAAGUCAGAAUGUUGGCAGAACCUGCUAAGACAUGCCGGCAGAGGAAACUGGAAGCCAAGAAAGCUAUAGCUGAAAGGCUCUCCUCCUUGGAGACCAGUUCGAAUAAGAAUGAAAAAGAGAAGUCAGCUUCUGGACGUCAAAAGCAGGCUAGCUCGGAGACCACAAACCAUGCUAAACAGUUGGCAGAGCUUUUACGACUUUCAGGACCAUCAAUGCAACAACAGCAACAGCAGCCACAACAGCAGCAUCCCCUGACGAAUACCCCUCAGUCAUCUUCUGUGAAUGCUUAUGCUACUUCAGGUCCCCCAAAUCUGUAUAUGAGGCGACCCAACCCCGUCAAUCCUUAUUCCAGCGCUUCCCACCCUUCAGACCUAUAUAGUGGGGCCAACCCUAUGAAUCUCUAUACCACCUCAUCCCAGGCUGCAGGCUCUUAUUUGAAUCCUUCCAAUCCCAUGAACCCCUAUGCAGGGGCUCUAAAUCAGAAUAAUCAAUAUCCACCUUACCAAUGCAAUGGAAACAUGCCUCUGGACAAUUGCUCUGCCUAUUUGGGUUCCUACCCUUCCCAAUCCCAAACAAUGGAUCUCUACAGGUAUCAGAGCCAGGACCCUCUAUCAAAGCUCAAUCUCCCACCUAUUCAUACACUAUACCAGCAGAGGUUUGGAAAUAGUCAGAGUUUUGGCCCCAAGUACUUAAAUUAUGGAAACCAGAAUAUGCAGGUGGAUCCUUAUAACAGCUGUGCCAUUAGACCCAAUGUACACCACGUAGGGUCUUUUCCUACUUACUCCAUGCACGAUAUAGAUGGCCACUUCAUGGAAUCUGCCUCAAGAUUGCCACCCAAUCUGAACAAUCCAAACUUAGAUUAUACAUCUAGGAAUAAGAAUGGGGAACAUCAUCCACCCCCCCACUUGGUUCCUGACUACCAUGCUGCUGCUUCGGGUAUAUUCAGUAGCCCUCCUCACUCCUUCCAUCUCCCAAACAAAGAACGGGAGAUGCUUUCCCACACAGCAAACGGGUUGUCAAAGAUGCUUUCAGGUUUUAAUCAUGAUAGGACUACUCCUGCUCAAGGUGGCUUAAGCAAAUUAAAUGAUGCUAAUCACUUGGAAAAGCAGCUAAACGCACCCAGCCAGGGUCUGGCAGCCCCUGCCACAGAGGACAAUGAUGACGUCUGGUCAGACAGUGAGCACAGCUUUCUGGAUCCCGAUAUCGGUGGAGUGGCGGUGGCUCCAACUCAUGGGUCCAUUCUCAUUGAGUGUGCAAAGCGUGAGCUCCAUGCCACCACCCCUUUAAAAAAUCCCAACAGAAACCACCCCACCAGGAUAUCCCUUGUGUUCUACCAGCAUAAAAGCAUGAAUGAACCCAAACAUGGCCUGGCUCUAUGGGAAGCCAAAAUGGCGGAGAAAGCCCGGGAGAAGGAGGAAGAGUGUGAAAAGUAUGGGCCAGACUACGUGCCUCAGAAAACCUAUGGUAAAAAAACAAAACGGGAGCCUGUCGAGCCUCAUGAACCUUCAGAACCAACUUAUUUGCGCUUCAUCAAGUCUCUUACCCAAAGGACAAUGUCCAUCACCACAAACUCCACAGUAACUACAUCUCCAUAUGCCUUUACACGGGUCACAGGGCCUUAUAACAGAUAUAUAUGACGUCACACCCUCUGUUGGUUACCUCAUUCAUAAAGAUGACCGCCUACUGGUCAGUGGGAGAGUUCUCAUUUUGGCGGGAGGUGGGGGGGGAGGGGAAAGGGGGAACAAAUACCGUAUUUAUGUUCUACAUGGUGGAAUGACCUCAGCACACCAGCAAAAAAAAAAAAGGAGGUAAUCUUACCAUGGUACUGAAUUUCCACCAACUAGUAAUAAGUGGUCACAGAUGGCAGGUAGGAAAUGAGACCAAAGCAUUCUAUGCAAAAAAGAUGAGGGGGGUGGGCGGAAGUGUUUUGUAAUUUACAUUUUGAAAACACAGGUUCUAUUAUUGGAUGAGAUAAUAUGUAAAUGUGAAUUUUCCUUACAAGUCUGCACAUCUGUGACCACUUUUAAUAAUAUCUAGAUUGCAUAGUCAUGGAACAGGAGUCAAACAAGUACUAUAGUGUUACAGUAGUAAUCAUAAAAUACCAUCUGGUGCUGAAUAUAUGAUGUACUGAAAUACUGGAAUUAUGGGUUCUUAACAUGCAGUUUUUACUGUAAUCUUAAUAUUAACUUUUAUUUAUCAAAACAGAUAACAUAGAACAAGAAAACAACUAGACGGCAAACACUGAAUUUGUGUGGAAAUCCUAAAAUAUGGUGCUAAGAAAAUGGUGUCUUUAAUAGAGAAGUUGAACAUUUAAUGCCUUCCUAAUAGUCCAAAUGUUAACAGUGUACUCAAAUGCCUCUGAAUAACACGGGCAUCUUUUCAUCCAAGUUUUUAUCCAAGUUCAUGUACUCUUACACAAGCUUUUAAAAAAAGUGGAAAUUUGAAAGGCCUCUGGAUUUUGCUCAUCCAGUGAAGUCCUCAUUAGGACAAUAAGCAUAUCGAUGUACAUAUAUAUAUAUAUGUAUAUAUAUAUAUAUAUUUACAUACUAUGUAUACGUGCACAUAGACAUGCACAUCCAUGUAUAAGCAUAAAUACUUUUAAUGGUGUUUUAGAAGCACUUUGUCUACCUAAGCUUUGACAACUUGAACAAUGCUAAGGUACUAAGACAUUUGAAAUGAAAACGUUUACUUUAAUUUUAAAAUGUAAAAUGAUUUUUAAAGAAAAAAAAGCUUUUAAAUAUAUAUAUUUUUUCGUUUUUAGCCAUACAUCUGCUGGUGGGCUACAUAUCCAUUUUAAUGCAGCCAGUUACAACAGAAACGGGGCUUACUGGAUUCAAGGGAAUUCUUUAGUACACAAAACACAUGUUUUCUGGUGCUCAUCUCACUGCUAUUCUGUAAACCCGUUUUUUACUAUUGUUAUGACAAGUUCAUUGCUCAAAUGUAUACAGUUCAAAGACACAGAUUUUCUAUUAACCACAGGUAACAAUUAGCCACAAACUGCAGAUUCGACGGCUGUAGUUAGCUUGGACCGAGGCCAUUCCGUGGCUCCCCAAGUUCCUAGAGGACAGGAAGGACAACUUGUUUCGUGCCAAUAAUUACAUACAUUGUGAUAUAUGACAUUUUCUGGCAUGAAAUGUCCUCUUCAAUCAGGAAGACUAAGCAGACUGAUGCCUACACGAGAUGAAUUAAACAGGGUUAGUUCCGUGUGAUUCUGUCAAUUACAAAUAAACAAAAAAAACACAAAAAACAAAAAACAGGCAGCUGGUUUGCUAUGGUGGUUUUAAGUCAAUAAUUUGUAUUAAAAAAAAAAACAAAAGAGUUGUAUAGUAAAUUAAAUUGUAAACAAAACUUUUUUAACACAAUGCUUUAGUAUUUUAGUACUGUAAAAAUUAAAAUAUAUUAAAUAUAUAUUAUAUAUAUUUGGGUUUGAAAGUGAAUUCACAUCAUGAUGGUGCUACUCAGCCUGCUACAAAUAAAUCAUAAUGUGAGCUAAGAGUACAUUAAAGGUUUGAGUGAUGUUCCUACUUGUCAUAUACCUCAACACUAGUUUGGCAAUAGGAAAUUGAACUGAGUGAAAGUUUAUAACAUUGUAUACCAUCUCUUUUCUUUUUUUUUUUAGUUUUGUUUUGUUUCUAACAGUCUUUGUUUCAUAAUUUUUAAAAAUCAUACCUUUUUCUCAAUACUUGAUAUCUUAGCAAGUAUCACUUGAAAUUUCAAUCUUUUUCCAUUCUAAAACUUCAGGGAUAUUUCAGCUUGUUCUCCUUACACCAACAUGUCACCUGUGUUUAUGUAAAGCUGUUGUAGGUAAUAAAUAUAUUCUUUUUUUUUCAGGGAUCUAACCCUUCUAUUUCAAAUCCCUCCUCUAAUUUUUCUUGUAUAUAUAUAUAUAUAUAUAUAUUGAGGUAACUACAACUAAUUUUGUAAAUUUAUUAACUUUUUAUUGUAAUAAAAGUGUUUUUUACAGUUUAGGGAGUGUUUUGACUGUUUCAAGCAGGAAAAAAACACACACACACACAAUAUAUAUGUAAGUAGAAUGCACUGAGCUGAUAAAGGGAAAAAAGAAAACUGUAAUGCAGGGGUUUGGCAAGUGGCCAUUUUACCAGAGUUUCGCAACUCUCUAAAUGAGGCUUUUAUGAUACUGUAAUAAACAAAGGUACGGACAGUUUGAGGGCUUCCCUAAACAUGCAAACCACCAUCACCUAGAUAUAUGUUGUGCAAUAUACUGUAUGAGUCAGUUUGGGACUGAAGAAAUGUUUGACCAGCAGGAUUUCAAUGAAUUCUUCAAGGAAGCCUUUGGGUUUUAGUGGUCGAAUAUUUAUAACAGGGCUUUUGGCCUUUUAAAGAAAAUUCUCCCAUUUGUGGCUUUGUCCACUAUAAUGUUGGAUCUGCAUUUUUACAUCAAACCAAAAGUUUUGUGUUUGUUUGGUUUUAGGUUUUAACCGAUCAUGGUAGUAUUAACCUGAUUCGCUAAAAACAACAACAACAAAAAAAUCAUUGGUUUGGGGUCUUGGGUUGCCAUGUCAUCCAUGGCGAAUACUUGGUUUUUAUGCUACCCAUCAUCAUUUGCCAAACUGCUGAUGGAUGACAGCAGUAAGCUUAGUUGGGGGGUGGGGGGUGAGGGAAGGUGGGAUUCCAUUUUUACUGUAAAUAUAGACCUGUAAUUUUGAUGUACAGCACCCUGCCUCAGUUAGAAUGAAUGGAAAGCAGACAGAAAUUGCUUGUAUAGGAUUAUCAGGUUGACUAUAGCCAUACUUGAAAAUGCUUCCAAGAGGUGUCAACUCUACUUGAAUGAUUUUUUUCAUCUUGAUUGACGCACAGUGACUUUGAGUCACUUCUAAAGCUAGUGGUUAACUUGUGUAGGAAAUUUUUGCAGUUUGACACUAAGCAAAUGAACUUCUGUGUGCAUUUUCUAUGCUUUAUGUUCUAUUCCCUCCCCACUUUGGUUUCAUUUCAUUUUCAUGAAAUGUUUGAUUUGUCUAAAAAAAAUCUGAAGAUGGUUAUAAAUACUGUAAGUAUUGUAAUGUAAUGAAUGCAGGUUAUUUGAAAGCUGUUUAUUAUUAUAUCAUUCCUGAUAACGCUAUGUGGGUGUUUUUAAUAAAAUUUAUAUUUAUUUAAUGCACUCUAA